GAACGGCCAGUGUACGGAAUACUAAAGUAUUAAUUAGUGAAAUGACAAUGUAUGUCAGUUACAUAUUGUAUUUUAUUUAUAUAUUCAUUCAUAUAAAGGCACAAGAUGUAGAAAUCGUGUCUAAUGCAUUGGAAAACGUUGAUGUAACAUUUAAACUGAUUGAAGAAGAUUUAGAGAUUGUUAAAUACAAGAUACUGAAAUCAAAGGAAAACAAAGUGAACAUAAAACUUUUUUACGAAUGCUUAUGUCCGGACUGUCGACAAUUCGACAGCAAACAGUUCAAGAAUGUUAUUGAAAAGUUAACGCCGUAUCUCAAAAUUCAUACAUAUCCGUAUGGAAAUGCAAAGAUGGUUCAUAAUAAUGAUCAAAUAGAAUUUAAAUGUCAGCAUGGACCUAAAGAGUGUUAUGGCAAUAAAUUACAUGCGUGCACUUUAAAUUUAUUAAAUAAUGCGACCACUGCCUUGCUCUUUAAUAUAUGUAUGAUGGACCUUGAUGACACAUCUGGUGGAUCGAAUGACCCAGCUGCUGACGCGUGCGGAAUUAAAUUGAAAAUUGACGCAGAACCAAUAAAGGAUUGUGCUAAAAGUGAAAAGGGAAAUGAGCUCCUCGAAUCAUAUGGAAUAGAAAGUGAAAAAAUCCACUAUGAAUAUGUUCCCUAUGUGUUAAUUAAUGGAGAUGAAUGGACCGGAGAUAAUUUUAUGAAGGACGUAUGUGCUGCUUUCUCAAUUCCACCACCACCAUGUGCAGGAGAAAAAAAUAAGUAAAUGUGUGAAAAUAUAUAAACAUAAAUUUGUGUUAAAUAUAAAUGUGUAAGAUUGAUCUCCUUUUAAA